AUGUGCAAUCAAACGUGUCUCGGACAAACAAAAUAUCGACUUGUUGCUAUCAAAAGAAAUUUAAUCUCUGUAUACUUUCUGGCUUUUUUCCUCUCUGCGUCUAUUCCUCUACGCCACUUACGAUUUGCCUUCCUGUUUGUUUCUCUGCCUUUCUCUCUCUCUUUCUCUCUCUCACUCUCUCUUUCAAUUUGUCUCAAUGUUUUCAUUGUGUCAGUCGAUCUCUCUUUAUCGCUCUGUCACCUUUCUCUUAUAAUCUUUUUCUCUUAUAUAAUUUUUUCUUUUCUCUUUGUCAAACGCUUUCUCUCUCAGUUUGACUCGUUCUCUGUAUAUCUUUCAUUUAAUUUCUUUGGCCAUCACUAUAUUCCUCACUAUCCUGAUCUCUCACUGCGUCUCCUUUUCUCUCAUGUCUCUUUUUCUGCCUCCUCUAUUCUCAUUCUCUCUCUCUCUCUCUCUCUCUUACUAUGUCUCACCUUGUAUCACUUACUGCCUCUAUCUUUUUCAUUAUAUAUCUCUCUCAUUUUCUGUAUCUCUUGCAAUAUAUUUCUCUUCUUGUUUACGCUCUGUGCUUGCCCUUUUCUCUCCCUGGCUCUAUUUCCGUCUGUAUUAUAUCUUCUGUCUUUUUCUCCCUCUGAAUAUGUCUCUCCCUCCCUGUUUCUUUCUCAUUAUGCCUGUAAAUCUCUCGCAAUUUGGUCUUAUCCUUCUAUUUCUGUUUACUUCUUUUUCCUUCUUCAUUUCUGA